UAGCUGUCAUCACCAACAGACAUUCCUUCACAUCGUCCAAGCUCAUUAAUAAUGACUCUUGCUGGGUGUUGUUGGCUCUUAACAAGGAGGUCCAGCAAAGAAAGAUACUAUGUAUGUAUCUCUAGUUUUCGCCCCCCUCAGGGCCGGCUUUUUGAGGCAGCACAGCACGGCGAUUGGCGGCCCUGGCUGCGAUUGCGAGGUCGGGGCCGCAGGACGGCACCUUCGUCGCAGCCCAUGCGCGCGGGCUGCCCGUGGCGACCGCGUUUCGUGGUUUUAUGGCGUGCUUAAAGUCCAAAAAAUGCUCACCUGGGGCGAAAUCUCACGCAGAAAUCGCAGCACUAGUUCGCGAUGAAGCCGCUGCCCGGCGGUCUCCGCAAGCAAGGUGGAAGUUGCUCUGGGAUGCCUCGAGUGUGCCGCGGUGGUAGUGGCGGUCGGGCACGCGAUGCGGCCAAGAAAAGCUGACCUGAAGCUCGGCCCUUGACGCACCCAUAACGAGCCUCGUGGGGCUCCGCGCGAAAAACUUUCGCUGAGCCGAGGCUGCCCGAGAAGGUAACAAAGCCAGUGGAACGCGCAGGGGCAGCUAUUUGCACCAAUUCCGUCGCUGAGAUCAUGCUCGGCGUACCGCCCCGCGGCGCGACGUAACAGAAAUCGCCAGGCGGCAUGCGCGAAAGACGACAAUGGGUCGGGCACAUGUGUGGGGUACUGUCGGACACUGCGGCCGCGUUCAAGCGCUCGAGAAGCUGGAGAUAGUGUCGUAUUAUGUGUCGCGGUCGGGACCGUCUCGACGGUCGUCGCGGUGAACCAAAAGCUCGCGCGCCUCAAAAUCUAGGGUCUCGAGGCACGUGCUAGGGUAAGGUCGAGGUCUGGU